AUUGGUCCAGACACAUAAUCUUGUUGUCCAAUAGCAGGCAGACAUCUGUUCGCUGGAGCGACUCUAAAAUACACUCUUCUCUUCCUUAUCCACAAGGUAUUCAAUACUCAGCAAGGACGUUGUCAGGAGUGGAAAGUUGAGUUGAGAUGGGAAAAAUGCAAGUCUUGGGUGUAGUUUCGGUAAUAUUAGCGGUGUACUGCGUGCAUGCAAAGGUUUACUUUCGGGAGGAGUUUCUGGACGGUGAUGAAUGGAGAAGUCGCUGGGUAAACUCCAAACACAAAUCUGAUUAUGGAGAGUGGAAACUAACGGCUGGCAACUUCUAUGGAGAUGCUGAGAAAGACAAAGGUCUGCAAACAAGCCAGGAUGCUCGUUUCUAUGCUAUCUCUGCCCGUUUUGAGCCUUUCAGCAAUGAGGACAAGCCUUUGGUCAUUCAGUUUACAGUUAAGCAUGAGCAAAAGAUUGACUGUGGUGGUGGCUAUGUGAAGGUAUUCCCUGCUGACUUGGAUCAGGCUGACAUGCAUGGAGAUUCCUCAUACUACAUCAUGUUUGGCCCUGAUAUCUGUGGCUACAGCACCAAGAAAGUCCACGUCAUCUUCAAUUACAAGGGCAAGAAUCACCUCAUCAAGAAAGAGAUUAAGUGCAAGGAUGAUGAGCUGACCCACAUGUACACGCUAAUCCUGAAUCCAGAUCAGACCUAUGAGGUGAAGAUUGAUAACGAGAAGGUAGAAUCUGGCAGUCUGGAGGAUGACUGGGACUUCCUGCCACCUAAGAAAAUUAAGGACCCCGAAGCCAAGAAGCCAGAGGACUGGGAUGAUCGUGCCAAGAUUGACGAUGCUGAUGACACCAAGCCUGAGGGCUGGGACAAACCUGAAAACAUUCCAGACCCUGACGCUAAAAAACCUGAAGACUGGGAUGAGGAUAUGGAUGGAGAGUGGGAGCCACCCAUGAUCCCAAACCCAGAGUACAAGGGAGAAUGGAAGCCCAAACAGAUCGACAACCCCAACUACAAAGGACCCUGGGUGCAUCCUGAGAUUGACAAUCCUGAAUACAGUCCUGAGUCAAACAUCUACAAGUUUGACAAAGUUUCUGUUAUAGGACUUGAUCUUUGGCAGGUGAAAUCUGGUACCAUCUUUGACAACUUCCUGAUCACAGAUGAUGUAAAGGAAGCAGAAGAUGUUACAAUGGAGACAUGGGGUGUGACAAAGGAACCAGAGAGUAAAAUGAAACAGGAGCAAGAUGACCUGAAACGGAAAGAAGAGGAGGAAAAGAACAAAGAACAAGACACCGAAGUUGAUGAUGAUGAUGACGAUGGUGAAGACAUUGAUGAGGAAGAAACAAUGGAUGACAUGGAGGAGGCACUUUCAGAAAUGGAUGAUGAGGAAGCAAAGCCUAAAGAUGAGCUUUGAGGAGGUGUGGCCAGAGAUUUUUUUCUGUCCCUCCUUUAGAAACUGUCCUGUAUUUCCCAGGGGUAUUGUGGCUGCUGUGCAUCCUUUCCCUGAGAUUUGGACACAACCCAAUUUGGGGGGUUGCAGAUGUAAUGAAGGGGGGGGGCAUUAACUUGUUAAUGGACUUAGUUUCUCUUUGGUUUUAGUCAUGAUAUUACUCUGUUGCCCCUGAACUGCUGGGUUGAUUCUAAAGUUUUCCAACAAAAGUCUAUUCUUCAUUUUGUAAUAAGGGAGGCACUGACAUCCACUGUUUUCGUGAUUUUCUUGAUCUACACAUCUACUUUAUCUGCAGAUUCUCUGGCACAGGUUGCACCGCUAACCAGAAGCUGUGAGAUUUGCAGAGAAUAAGAAUUAGCCCUUCAGAUUUUUUUUACUUCCCAGGAUGAAAAUUCCUCUUGAAAACCUGGUGAAACAAAAAAUGGACAUAACUGAACGUAUAAUGCAUAAACCAUAAGACUUACUGCAUAAGAUAAUCACAAAAUACAGACAAAAGUCAAGAAUGUAAAUUUUGGUCUGUGGCACUGACUUUAUUUUCCUUUCCACACUCAAAUUCAUAAUUGAAUGAAGUGUAGACAUAUACAUUAAUAAAGCAGACAAAGUAAUCAUCUAAGUGCACAAUGAAGUUGUUUAUCUACAGUGAAGUGGCAUGAAUGUCUUCAUAGUAAUGUGAUGGAACCUGCAUUAUAUCCUGAAAGUCUGGAAAAACAGAAGGUGAGCCCCUGGUGUGACUCAUGACAUCACGUAGGGUCACACAUUUUUAUUGGACAGAAUGUUAUUGAUAUCAACAUUUUUAUUAAAAAGAUAUAAACU